AGCAAAAUCACAAAUUAGUCUCCAAUAAGCUCUGGUAUGGACAACCACGAGACUAGGCUUCGUCAAGCAGCACUCAAUGGAGACACAAACGCCCUCCAUCAGCUACUCCGAGAAGACCCACUCCUCCUACAAAACAUCGGAGCUGAAUCGGCCACAGACACACCUCUACACAUAGCAUCAUUGGUAGGCCAUGUUGAAUUCGCUGCUGCAGUUCUGGAACAACAGCCUGACUUAGCCCGAAUCCGCAACGAGCGAGGUUUGUACCCUUUGCACUUGGCUUCAGCUAAAGGGCACGUAAAAAUAGUGGAAAAAAUGCUGGAGGUCGACCCUUCUUUCUGUAAACUCUGUGAUAAGGAGGGGAGGACUCCUCUCCAUUCUGCAGCAGCAAAUGGCCAAGUUGAAGUAUUGGAAAAUCUACUACGUCGCCCUGAUGCUGCAACCACUCAUGCCCGAACAGAGAGAGGAGAGACGACUCUACAUCUCUGCGUGAAGUAUAACCAGUUCGAGGCGGCUAAAAUUUUGGUGGAAAAGGAUAAGAUGCUGGUUAACAUGAAGGAUGAUCAACACAACACGGUCUUACACCUUGCAGCUGCAAGAAAACAAAUUCAGAUGCUAAAGCUUUUUCUCAAAUCAGACGUGGAUGUGAACGCCGAGAAUAUCCAUGGUUUCACGGCACUUGAUGUACUAGUACAUGGUCCAAGCGAAAUAGGAGACAUGGAAAUCAGCGAAAUCCUUGUGGAUGCUGGAUGUGAUAGACGCAAAAAACUAACAAACAAAAGCAAGGAAGAAAAUGAACCAUCUAAAUGGAACUGCUUCGCACUCAAUAGGAACGAAGACGGGAAGAAAAAGGAAGAACAGCUAAACGCGUUGCACAAUACAAUUCUACUAGUUGCAACCUUGAUUGCAACGGUGACCUUUUCAGCUGGGGUCGCCCCUCCUGGAGGAGUCUGGUCUGAACCACCAUCCACCCAUUUGUCAAUCCAUGCUUCACCACCUUACUUUCCAGGCACAGCUAUUCAUGACAAGAAACAAGACUUCGAUACGUUCCUAGUUUUUGAUAUGAUAGGGUUUGUGGCAUCACUCAGCAUAAUUCUCUUUUUAAUAAGCAGGUUGCCUUGCUUGAACCGUUGUAUGACAUGGAUCUUGGUGAUAACCUUGUGGGUGGCCGUAACCGCCAUGGCAUUGGCUUUCAUCUAUGGCACCCAUCUCAUCAUUGCUCCCAACAGGUUUUCCCGCAUAUCAAGCUGUGCUCUUCUAGCCUGGACUGCGCUCGUGAGCAUCAUUCUCAUAUGCCAUUGCAUCAUUGCCAUCUUUCGUAUACUCAAGUGUUUGGUGUCCUCAGUUCCCACUUGCUUGAGGAAGUGUGGAAUUUGCAAGAAAGAGGAAAAUCAGUCACCAGGCAGCCGCGGCAAUCAAAAUGAUGUUCGCCAAGGUUGUUACCUUUGCUGAAGAUCGAUGGGCCUUGCGCAUCAGCCACCAUGUAAAUUUGAUGAACUAGUAUGAUUUCGUACAUGUGGGGUUCAGGUUUAGUUCUACAAACUAUUGAUGUUGGAGGUUUACAGCUGAACACUUAGAUAAACAUAUAACAGUGGAUGUUGUAAUCUUUCAACCUAAGAUAAUUCCAGUGGCCCAUCAUAGCAACUAUAUGAAUCUCGAUCCUAACCCCUAUGUACUACCUGUAUGGAAUUGGUGUACUAGACCUGUGCUUGGGAGGAUGAGCCUACCAUUCAUUCCUCCUAUGUGUUGAUCCUAUUUUAGUGUGAGGGAUGUCCAUUUCCCUUGUGGCUUGUUUCUUGUUUAGCUUUGAUUCUAGGUGUUUGUAUAGAUGUUGAAGUUGUACGUGUAUCUUU